AUGACUUGUACUGCUGCUGAAUGUGUAUGUGCUAAGAAAUCCACCUGUUCAUGUGGUGCUCAACCUGCUUUAAAAUGUGUUUGUGAUAAGGCUGCUAUUGAAAAUGCUAUUCCAGAAGCUGAAUCUGCUUGUGCUUGUGGUAAAAGAAACAAAGACGCUUGUACUUGUGGUGUUGAUGCUGUUUGCGAUGGUUCUAGAGAUAGUGAACAUCGAUAUACUGAUUAA